CACUUUGUUUGAAUGUGAUAAAUGUUUUUAUCGAAAUGAUGAUUGAGCUUAACCAUUGGGGAACCUGCCAAAAUCCGUUUUUAUUUACCAAAUUGCAUGUUCUGAAAUUUACUAAUAAACUAUUAAUUUAAUUACAAAUUAAUUAUAUAUAAAAAACCUUGAAACAAGACGGACUGGUCCAUUUUAGAUGUUCUUGGGGGAUGUAGAAGCAGAAGAAAAAGGCGCAUCGUAAAAGAUGGCGGUAUAGUGAUAUCUUAUUUGUGGUUGCGAAUUUGCAAAUUAAUUAUAAACAAAUAAACUUCAAUUCUAAAUUAGACUUAAAUAUCGCCCGCUUAAUAACAUUGCUUUAUAUUUGACGAUAAUGAUAACUUUUUCAACGAAAAUCUUUGUUUACUGGUUUAUAUAAAGAAAACCCGGAAUAAAACAAGUGCAUCGGCUGCCUAGGAUCUAGUGAAUAGUUCGUUUAUUAUUUGUAGUUAAGUGGCUGUUACUUUUCGCGUUUAAGUGUUUAAAAACUACACAAUGUCUUUCAGCUCCUUUGUGAAAUAAUGCUGUUAUUAAUACUGUACCUCUUCUACAUCUACAACGAUAAAAUGGCUUUAUUCGAGUUUGGAUAAGUGAUAAUGAAGUGUUUCCAGACAAAAACUAUAAAAGUGUUUAAAAGUAUGAGUAUGAUUUAGUAUUAGAACAACAUUCCAAAAGUGGACUUAUCAUAGAAGAAUGUAUUUAUAUUCGAGUGUGCUUUGAUUCAAUACAUUACGCGUUGUGGGAAAAUGUCUCAGACUCCUCACAAACCUCUACAAAAAAUGUGUAAAUCUCCAAAAAAUUCAACCUACCAGACCAUCAAACAAGAAAAGAUCGAAUAUGAGAACUUAAGCACCAAUUGCACUGUAGUAGGAUCCAAUAACUUGAAUCUCGUCAAAAAGCCACAAAUCAUAACCAGUAUGUCCCCUGCAUAUUCCAAUCCUAGUCCCAGCUAUCCACCAUCUCCUUAUUCUUCUCCAGCUAGUCUCAAAUCACCUUCUCCUUCUUUGAAGCCUCCUACGCCUCAACCCAGCUUUCCAGUCAUGCAGAUUAUUCAAAAUAACAUUCUAGCGAGACCCAUUCAGACAUCACAGCCGCAGAAUAUCAUCAAGUUGAAGCCGCAUCUUAAUAUAUUGCCUAAACCGUCAGCUAGUCCACAGCCAUCACCCAAGCCAAGUGUUAGCCCUCAAAUAGUCAUACCAACCAACCAUCAACAAACAGCUACUAUUGUACCAACAGCUCAGCCACUACUUCUCAACCAGAUGCCUAUGCUAACGGCUCCUUCAGUUCAGUUCAUCUUAAGGCCCCAAACUGCUACCAAAAUACAACCGCAAAUGCAGGCUGCAACGGCUACACCACAAGGAUUGAUCCUACAACCAAGUGGGCAACAAUUGUUACAGAUCCAACCGCCUAGGUCCCAACCUAUGGUUAGGGUAUUGACCAAUGGUAUGCAAUUGGCACCAUCAACUACUACAUAUGUCACACAGGUUGGUCCUCAACAGCCAAACAAUGGAAGUGGUCUUGCCCAGCAAACAUUGAUGAAUAACACUCCACCACAGCAAAUAAUCCAUCAACAUCAACAGCACUUGAAGAAAAAGCCAAAAAGUAAAGCCAAGAAAAAAUUAGACCUCGCAAAUAUAAUGAAACUUUCUGGUAUUGGCGAUGAGGAUGAUAUACAGUUCGAAAGUGAUACUUCUCAAAGUGAAAGCGAACACAAUUCUGUUCCUACAACACCACAGCCCCAACAAGUAGUGCAUAGUACAGUGCAGGCUCAAACUAACUUUGUUCAUACUGACACCAAAAAGAAUAUACAAAAUAUACAGAUUUCCGCUAUGGCGCAGCCGACAAUAAAUGCAGCAACACCAGUCGUACAGGUGUUAAAUCAAAACUUUCAAAGUGGCAUGAUCUCGAAUAGUACUUCUCAGGCAGCUACGGCACAAGCCGGUAUUCCUUUUAAUUCCUUUAUAGCCCCAAACUUUACUAUAAAUAAUGGCCUAAUGCUUCAAAGGAGCGGCGGAUUUAAAUUAACCGUCGGAGAAGAUGGUCGUCUGGUACUACAGCAUGACCCGACUAUUAAUUCAGAUUUACAAUCUCAGAUUAUUCUACAGAGUCUAUUGGGGGGAUUGGUUUUACAACCUUCCAUGGAUCAACAGACAGUGCAACAAACUGUCCAAACUAUUCAGCAACAAUCAGUGCAGACAAUACAACAACAGACUGUGCAAAGUCAAACGAUACAAACUGUUCAACAACAGACUGUUCAGCCGCAAACAGUACAGCAUACAAUACAAUCAUUGCAGCCUCAAAUACAACAGCAGACUGUCCAACAGACUAUUCAACACCAGACUGUUAAUGCUCUACAGCAACCUAUGCAAAUAGUUCAGCCGCAACCCAUACAGAGCAUACACUCUCAAGUACAACCUAUUCAACCUAUCCAUACGAUGUCGCAGUCACAAGUACACAGUUUGCAGUCGCAGAUACAAGGCCAGAUACAAAGUCUUCUACAGCAGCAGAAUCACAUGGUACAUUCACAUGUACCUACCCAAAAUGUUCACUCACAGACUAUGCAAAGUGUCCAAAAUGUUCAGAGUGUCCAGCAAAACGUACAAAAUAUUCAACAGAAUGUACAGAGUGUACAACAGAACCUUCAAAGUGUGCAGCAAAACGUGCGGAGCGUACAACCAAAUGUUCAUACUGUACAGCAAAAUAUUCAAAGUGUCCACCCACAGCCGACACAAUCACCUGUACAAAACAUCCAUAUAAAUCCAUCACAUACACAACCUGUUUUAAAGGUGCAACCUUUCCAAAAGUCACAACCUCCAGUACAAACUGUUCAACCUAUCCAACAUCACAUUAGUCAUCAGCAACAGAGUCAACAACAGCAGCAGCAGCAACAGCAACAACAGAACUUGAAUGAUAACCAACAAAAUCAAAGCAACCCACCUCCAGCUUCCUAUGUAGUUAAUUUGACACCCGAUCAAUUAGAGCAGCUAAAAAGGAAUGGUCAAUUGACUGUCAACGGCCAGACGAUUUUCAUGCAGCGGCCGAAUAAAGAUCAGAUAGAAAAGAAAUUAUCGCCUAAAUCAAAAACUCUGAAGAAGGUUAAUAAGAUUCAGAGCAUUAAGAAUAUUCUACAGGAAACCGAUAAUGAGCCGGUCAAACCAAGCAAUAAUUUGGAUCCAGUCAAAGAGAACGUUAAUAAAUCUUUAGUUAGUGCCUUAAAUGCACCACCAAAACAAGUUCUACCUCAAAAUCACAUUCAGCCUCAACUCCUACAGCAAACCAAGCCUGUGCAACCGCAGGCGAUGGUCCAACCUUCAGUACAGGUUCAAGUGCAGCCCAAAACAACGGUAUCUGAAAGAUCGAAGCCUGUUGCCCCUUCACCAGCCAUUCCUCAAGUUCCUAAGCAGCAAAAGGUGGCACCGACUGUCAUAUCCCAGGAUUCUAAUGGUAGUAACACAAACCCUGAAGUGGAUAAAAUCCUCGUCCAAAUACUCGAAGAAUCGAACAUGAACAACGUACCGAGCGGCACAAAUAUAACUCCUCCAACGACUCAACCCCAACAAAGAAUAACUACUAUUCAACUGACGCCACAGAAGCAGCAACACCUGCGCAAUAUUCAGAUGCAAAUACAGACGUUAUCUGCUAGAUCUACACCCGCUGAUACGGAUAUACAGAAUACUUUGAAGAUGUUGUUUACUGAACAACAGAAGAUCUUGGCUUCUGGAAAACUGUUACCACCAGAAAAGGUGUACUACCACAACAAUCAGCUUACUAUUGUGAAUCCGUCCACUCUAAAUAUGUCUCCUCCUGCACCGGUCAAGCACGAUCCCCCUCAAAGUGCUAACCCAGGACCUCCUGUUGUAAGCAAUAAUCAAACUCCAGCGAGGAGUACAAGUGUGGAAACUCAAGCUACAAGUACCCACCAGCCAAUUACUACGCAAGCACACUCCGUGCCAAGGAUAUCAGUGUCAGUUCCUUCUAGCGAGACGACAGCUACACAAACAAUCCACCAUCAUCCCUCUCCCCUACCACACACCCAUCCCCACAACUUUCACCAAAACACUCCACACUUUACCCACAUAACUCAUUCGAUACCACCGCAUUCUGUUGCACACCAAAUAUCUUCCAUACCUUUACCCAGCCAUCCUCCCGUACCCGCACACUCUCCUGCAUCAAGUCAUCAAAAUGCACCUGUUCAUCAGCCAAUCAAUCCUCCUCUACACCAACCUCAGCAGACGGUACACACGACAAUUUCAACCCAUUCGCAAACGCAGAGCCAUCCUCCCAUUCCUCCUUAUACUUCAGGGCCGCCUCAUCCGACUAUUAGCCACCAUGUACAGAAUCAUCCGGUUUCUAACCAUACGGUGCAGCAUCACCCGCACCCACCGCCGAAUAGUCACCUGCCGAACCACCUGCAGGUUUCCCAUUAUAGUCAUGUUAUGGGCCAGCGACUGAGUUGUCCUCAACCAAUUCAACAACCAUCUCCACAGCAGCAACAGAUGCAAAGACAGCAGUUAAUGCAGAAGAAGGCCAAUCUAAUAGAGACGCAGUUGACAAUGGACCAAAACGGAGCGACUAAACCUGACAUCCACACUCCGUUUAGAGAUAAGAAGGAUGCGUGUAUUCGACUCAUAAGAUAUCACUGUUUGGAUCAACCCGUUCUGUCAGUGAAAGAUUUAGAUAAGGCUGAUGAGAUCUUCGAAUUGACUGCCCAACACUUCAUCGGGAAAUUCGCCAAAAUGGAAGACAAAUAUAAGUAUUUGCUGAUGAAGGAAAGCAUGCGGCAAGUCCAAACGUCAGAGCUGAUGAUGCUGGAUCGUAUGUUCCUAACAGACGAACAACAGUCUCUCCUCAAACUACGCGAAGAGUACGAGAACGAAGUCUUACACCAAGUCUCCGAACAAGAACUCCCAUAUCCACCGCAACCUCCCCCGCCACAACCCCCUCCCGCAAACCAAACUCAAUCUCAAUCUGUUCCUGCUACGUCAACUCCUACACAGAACGUCAACCCUUCGCCUGGUGAGCCUACCGCAGAGGACUACGACGAAUGGGCGUGCAUCCAGCGCGAGCUGGGCUGCUUACCGCAACAGAACGAGGCUAAAUCAUCUCAGCAACACCAAUCGAAGCGUUCGGCGAGUAGUGAUUCCAGAUUAGAGACGUUAAAACGGUUUCGAGUGGAAAAACACCAUAAAAGACCGUCAGAUGUAAAUAUUCCUAGCGCAAGUGGUGUACAAAGUGUAGUAAGUAGUAUGCAAAGUACGAUUUAUGCUCAAUCGAAGGUAUCGGGCGGCUCUUGUGCGUACGAGAACUCACAGAACAGCAGUUUUUCCUCGCACGAGGAUAACGAAACGGAAAAUAAUAGCAUCGACGAACAAGUGCAAUCCGCUAUCGAUUCUAUAUUGAACUUACAGCAGAAUCCUUCGUUAGAUUUGGAUAGUAUUUUGUCAUGACGUCAUAUUUAGGUACGGUUGGAUGGAAUUUUUGGUCCUGGUACGUUUGACGGUUGUUUUUUAGAUCAUACGAAAAGUGAUUGUACUGUACGUUAAGCUAUUUAGAUUUUUGUGAUAUUUUGGAAAGCAAUAUUGAUGCGCAAUAACUUACAUGGAAUAAGAUUAAGGUUUUCUGACAAUUUGAGUAUAAAUUUCAUUAUAAUAACAACAGUUAAUAAACACAGACGAUAUCAAUAAAAAGUAAUAUCUUUCCUGAGAAUCUUGCAGGUACUCGCACUUGACGAUUCUUGAGAACUUGAGUGAGCUUUGACGAAUCCAGAUGAGGCGCUUUAGAUCUAAAUUGAGUAGGCCAGGGUAAUAAGACAAAAAUAUACCCUGUUCGUGACACUUCAGGAGCCAGGGUAGUGAAGCGUUUUUUCGACAGGUAAUACCUAUAGGAACAAAUUAUAACUAUUUCCUGAGUAGGAUCUGGCGGCCAUUUUUAUUU